AUGUCCAUUUCACACUUUAUAGAUAAUGGUGUUUUUCUGCUUCCUGGAUGCUGUGAUCCUUUCAAUGAGAAGGCACUCAGGGCUAGCAGAGGUGCGCCAUUUCAGAUUCCCCUAGUUUCGGGAAAUUGGGCACAUCUUGAAGCUUUUAGCAAUGAAGUUCAAGUGAAGAUGUUUGCUGGUCACCCUGCUAUUAGCAACGGAUUCAAGCCUGUUCAUAAGUUGUCCCAAAGGCUUGCACAUUCUCUGGCUGAUACGCCAUUAUGUUUACUUCUAGGCAGUGAGGGUACCGGUCUUACGGAGAGAGCAAGGGAAUUCUGUGAACUGGUAAGCAUACCAAUGGCUGAUAAUUUUGAGUCUCUUAAUGUUGCAGUGGCAGGUGGAAUAUUAAUGUUUAUGCUACAAUCUGAGUUAGAGGACGCCCAGACUUGA